AUGAUAAUUCCCAUCACGAGUGCAUUGAUCGUACUCGCUUCUCGCAUUGCGAAUGCGGCUUUGACAUACAAGGGUGUCGAUUGGUCUUCCCUUCUCGUCGAAGAAGGUGCAGGAAAGACGUACAAGAAUACUGCUGGAAGCACACAGCCCCUCGAAACAGUCUUGAAAGCCAGCGGAGUCAAUGCCGUGCGCCAAAGACUUUGGAACAGUCCUUCCAAUGGAAACUACAAUCUAGACUACAACCUCAAAUUAGCCAAGCGAGCCAAAGCCGCUGGCCUGGACAUCUACCUCGACUUCCACUUCUCCGACUCAUGGGCUGACCCAUCCCACCAAACCACCCCCUCCGCAUGGUCCAACUACGACAUCGACGACUUGACAUAUGCCGUGUACAACUACACCCUAGCCACGAUGAACACCUUCCGAACCUCCUCAAUCUCCCUAAGCCUGGUAUCCAUCGGAAACGAAAUCACAGCAGGAAUGCUCUGGCCUCUCGGUUCCACCCAAACAUCCACCUACAACCUCGCCCGCCUCCUCCACUCCGCCUCAGCAGGAAUCAAAGACUCCACCAUCUCCCCCAAACCCCAAAUCCUCAUCCAUCUAGACAACGGCUGGAACUACGACACUCAAGAAUCGUGGUACGAUACCGUCUUGGGAGAAGGACCUCUCAAGUCCGAAGAUUACGAUGUUCAAGGCGUGUCGUAUUACCCGUUCUACAACAGUGCUGCGACUUUGGCGAGUUUGAAGUCGAGUUUGAGUAAGAUGAAAAAUAAGUAUAGGAAGGAAGUCAUGGUUGUGGAAACGAAUUGGCCUCAGAGUUGUCCGAAUCCUAGGUAUAGUUUUCCUUCGGAUACCACUUCGAUUCCAUUCUCUGCUGCGGGCCAGACGACUUGGAUGAAAGAUGUUGCGAGCGUGGUGAGCGGAGCUGGUGGGAAUGGUUUGUUUUACUGGGAGCCCGCGUGGCUCGACAAUGCGGGAUUGGGGUCGAGCUGUAAUGACAAUUUGAUGUUUGACAGUACUGGGAAGGCAUUGAGUAGUCUGGCAGUUUUCGCGUCGUUGUAGUAUAGUAGCAGCAGCAGAUACAUGUAUCAUUUCAUCCAUCUUGCAUCAUCUCGUAUUAUGUACCAGAGCAAUGACGCCUUCGCCAUGCUCGCAAAUAUGUACUCCAGAAACAAUUCCCAUCAUAUAUAUCCAAAAAGGAUGGUCGUCGUCGUGCACGUAGGCUCGGUCUAGACAAUAAAACUACUGUAGCAAUAGUGUGCACUUUAAAAAUCUCCCGACAAUGGCUCCGUCACAGCCGCGCGCGCGUUGAUCGGUAUAUCCUGGACUCCGCGCUGAUCGAAAAACAUAAAAGCCGCAGAAAAGUUCCGUGUCGUCCUCAUUAUGAUGAGUCUGUUGACCUCGUGAAGCAUCUUUCCCAACUCUUAAAACGCUGUAGAAUUUUCUUCAAUUAUAUCCAUCCUCCUUGGACGAGUUCCCUUCCAACGAGCUCGAGCUGUCCUUGCUCACUCGUCCUUCUUCUCUCCAGUACCCAACGCGGCUUUCCACCGCCUUCGGGAUCUGGCUCUCGAACAUAUGUCACGCUGUCCGCACUGCUGCCCUUGCGCGAAUGGGAAAUUCCACUGCUGUGUGGGCUCGUUGGACUCUUUGCUGCAGGCGGUAUCUUCUUCGCGGUCUGAGGCGAUUCCUGCAGACUAGUUAUAUUCCUCUUCGGCGUUGCAUCGAUAUCCAUUGCGAACGGAUUGCCAUUGCUUGAGGAAGCCGAUAGAGGACUGUCUUGGUAAUUGAAGGUUUGAAAGUUUUGAGCCAUGACCGGAUGUGCGCUAGAUGGAUUGCUCGAGCCAUUGCUGCCACUGCUGUAUGCGAAUUGCAUGGGAGAGCCAAAGUAGCCGCUGUGGUGAGCGACUGCGGCACCUGCACUUGUAUCUAGAGUUGGGCUCAAGACACCGUGAAGUGACUGCUGACUUGAGCGAUUGCUAUUCGCACUCUUCACACUGCUCUGACUUCCCCCAAAGGCAUGUGCGCGGAGUCGUCGUAACUCGUCAAACGAGGUGAUGUCGUCCUCUCUCAGCGGCGUGAUAGGCAUUCGUGCCAGGGCGGGUGAGUGAGGCCCGUAGCUUCCGGCACUUGGCGGAGGGUGUGUGCCUGGUAGAAUGCCAAUAAAACUAUUCCGUGUGCUGAACUCCGACCUCUCGGUGAUUGGUGUCAAGUUGGGCUCCUUCAGACUCUUGUUCCUUUGCAGUCCAUUGUCGCCAUCGUCUCCAAAGUAGCCGCCAUGUACAGCUUCCAGAUCUCCUGAAUUAGCUCGAGGUCUACCAAAGAAGUGGAACUCUUGACCAUAAAACCCUUCAUCAUCAUUUGCAAGUGCUUCAGCAUUUGCUGCGGCCACAAGAUCGUCGUCGUUGCCAAAAUCGUCAUCUCGAUCAUCGAAUC